UAUGGUAUGUAGUUCACAAUCUGAAUUCAUUAUAUUGAUUAUGGUUUGUUAUUUAUUUAUUGUUAGUAUAUAUAUUACUAAUGUCUAACUUUUUUUCAUUGAAGCAUAUCAAUCGUUUAUUUGUACAUCACAAGAUGGACAAUACCAUCCCAAACUAUCCAGUAGUUAUUAGAGGUCCUGGAAAGCUUAAAGUGUUUGUUCGAAUGGAAGUUUUUGACAAUCAGCUUUACAUAACAACUGGAUGGGAUCGGAUUAAGAAGAAAUUGUCAAUAACUGAUGAGCAUAUGCUUGUGUUUGAAAUGAUUGAUCUUCACAAUUUUGAUAUGUUCGUUUUCAAUUGUUCAAAGAAUGCUGAUUUAGUGUUGCCGCCGGAAUUAUAUGCUGCUGCUGUUAAGGAAGAAAUUGAAGAAGACGUUAUUAGUAUUUCUGAUGCUGAAGAUGUGGAUGAGGUUAGUAAUCGCACAGAAGCUAAUAUGCUCCCUGUAGCCAGGAAUGAGGAAACUAUUCCAAUAGUUUUCCGUGUGGACAAUCAUUUUCGCAUUAAAAAACAUCUUGCUAAAAAAAUUGUCUUGGAUAGGAAGAGGUGUUUAAAGAUUGUAGAUGCUGAAGGUAAUGUUUGGGAUGUUCAAGUGGGAAUCGAGGCUCCGGAUGGUCGGUUUUACAUAAAAAACAUGAAGAAUUUUGUGAAGGACAAAAAGAUGGUUCCUCGUGAAGAAUUUACCCUUAAGUUCGUGAUGGGUAAAGGUAUUUUCUUGUUUGACUAA